ACUGUCAGGGGUGAGCUUUUAGGCACAACACCGGAAACAGACAAGUAAACGGAAGUGAACAAGACUUAGAACAACUUCCACGUUAGCGGUUUUAUUUAGACGUUUUAACAUCCUGGAACUCAAAAUCAGAUUAAUUUAACUGCACAUUAUCACCCCAUGUAGUGUUUAGUUCGAGUUGGAGGCAGGAUUUGUUUGCUAGCUAACAAUGGCUAACUGUAUGAUUUUUCACACUCAAAUAGCCUCCAUCUUGGAGGUUCUAGCGAAUGCAGCCGUGGCAGAGAUCUGUAAACUCGUAGACGACGACUAUACAGUGUUUCGUUUGGAAAUAAUGCAAAGCCAGAAAGAAAACAGGACAUUGCGGAGAAAACUACUGGAAUCGAAAGUGGCACGGGAGCGCGCAGAAAGGACAACGCGAGAGCGCGUCCUCGCCAGUCGUCCCAGUAGUGUCAAGAUUGUCGAACGAUACAGAGGAAUGGCAAGAGGUGAAGGACAUCUCACUGGAGGCCACAGGAUCUCUGUGAAGCCAGCAGGACACAAUACAUGGAGAGAUGACCAACCAAUCACUGUUGAUGAGGGGAGUGGAACCUCAACCCAGCACAUUAUCAUGAUAGAGUCUGCAGAGGCUGAAGAUCCUGGUGUCAAGCUAGAGAGGUCUGAAGGAGAGGAGGACCCACAGCACAGCAGAGACAUCCAAACUGGAACGGCUGAAGCGCCUCGUGUAGCCAGAGAAGACCCCACUGCCCCAGCACAGCCAAGGACCCGACGCAGCAUCAUGGAGGUCAGUGGAAUGUCGAACGCCGUCCUCAAGUCAGAGACAGACACCAAGACUUUAACUGUAACACACAGUCUCUUACACACAGGAUGUGACCACAGAUCAGACCCAAAGAGACUGGGUUGUCCUCCUGCUCCCGGCUCAGAGUACUUACCAGUAUUUCAACAGAGCCAGAGAACGGUUAAUUCCCGUGGAGAUGGUUAUGGUAACUCGUUAGACACUAGUGGUGAUGAUCCAUCUUGUUCUUAUGCUACAGAGAUGGACCCUGGCAACAUAUCCUUGGGUUUAGAGACACAAACUGAUCUGUCUAGAGGGGACUGGAACCAGUACAGUAGUAGUGUAUACUCUGAAGGGUGCCUAAAUAAGAAAGGGGAGGGUCUGGUCGUAGAUGAAGUGACCAUGAAAGUGGAGGGCGACGUUCCUCCCACGUGGAAUGCAGAUAGUCACCUAGGAGACGGACACUCAGAGGGCAGAGAUGUCUUAAAUUACAGGGGAAGCUUAGAGACAAAUCCAAAUGUCACGACCCACUCCCCUUUACACACGUUCAGGGAUCAUGACCAAGUGUCCACGUCGAUGGGGUCUUCUGAUUUACACAGCCGUGUCCUUUUCGAUCAGGUAUUGAACUCAAACGACAGGGCUAAAGCCCAGACUCAGGGAGGGGGAGCCACAUCAGGCAAUAGUAAAGAGAAACGGUUCCUCUGCAUGUUCUGUAACAAAGGCUUCAGCUGCCUCCAGAAGGUGGAGGUCCACCAGAGGAUCCACACAGGGGUGAAACCAUUCAGCUGUACCCAGUGUCAUAUGCGCUUCGCCCAGGCUGGCACCCUGAAGAGGCACCAGAGGGUCCACACAGGGGUGAAACCCUUCAGCUGUACCCAGUGUCACAUGCGCUUCGCCCAGGCUGGUGACCUGAAGAGGCACCAUAGGGUCCACACAGGGGAGAAACCAUUCAGCUGCCCCCAGUGUGAGAAGAGAUUUACCCGCCAGCACCAGCUGAAGAUGCACAUGAAGGUCCACACGGGAGAGAGGCCGUUCGCCUGUACGCAUUGUGGGAAGAGAUUCUCAGAUAGGAGCUACCUCAGGAUACACCAGCAGAAAAAACAUUCCACUCAAUAGCUUCUGACAUUUAGAUGUAUUAAAUAUAAAGAUUCAUUUUCAUUGUUGUCAGCAGAAAAGACCCACUGAUGCAUUUGGAAUAAUGCGAGUAGCAGAUUUCAGUGUUGAAUAUUCCUGGGUAGAAUAUUGCAUCCAGACAUGUGAUAUAUAUUUUAGGCAUAUUUGUGCCUAAAAAGUCUGUUACAUAUUGUGUUAGUACUGUGUAGGCCAGGGAUGGGCAGCUUUGAUGGGGGUGGGGGCCACAAAAAAAUCGGAACUAGCCCUAGCCUUUUGGGGGCCCUAAGCUAUAUUUUGCAAGUAAAGCUAUUUUAGCAAAGAUAACAUUUUUUUUGUUUUAGAGUUAAUUUCCUGCAAUUCUACACAUUUUGCCAUGGGGCGUAGAGAAAAUGUUGCAAUUUUUAAGCAAGCUUUCUACAAUUCUACACAUUUUUGCCAUGAGGUGGAUAGAAGAUUGCCAUUUUUUUAAUGUAAUUUUAUGCAAUUCUACCAUGAUCAAUGAGGGCCCCCAGGUCAGUAAUUAAAUCAUGAUUACUACAAGUUUGGAAAUAAUACGCAUUUUGCCAUAGGGUGGAGACAAAUGUUUGCAGUUUUUAAUAUGAUAUCUGACGGCCAUGAUUACCACAAGUUUAGAUAGCUUGGGGGGAGGUUAAUCCAUAGACAAAAGGGUCGCUGCCAGUUGCCCAUCCCUGGUGUGGGCUAUAUGUGACGCGCUCUAUCAUAAUCAGUCGGAAGUCGCAAUUACUAAUUUGCAUAUACAUUUAGUUUUUGUCCAAAUGUAGAUUUUUUGCUAUUUGGGGGUUUCAUCUGGUUUUAACAAUACAAUGUCUUUGCUUUCA